AUGGGACAAACAAUAGAGGAAGAUUGGAAGGUUCUCAGCAGCAUUGAAGAUACAAGCUAUAGCCGAGCAUCAAAGGCGAAUAAGAGAUGUCAAGAAGAGCAAGAAACACUCCAACAUUUUAAGCAACACACCAUCCGUGAUGAGGAGGGACGUUUUAUCGUACGGCUUCCCACCAAACAGGCAAUCAGUGAAUUAGGGGCUACAUUACCUAUGGCGGCACGUUUUUUGAACGUUGAGAAAAGAUUACAACAUGAUGAGCAUCUGAAGGCCGAGUACAUACGAUUUAUGAACGAAUAUAUUGAAAUGGGACACAUGGUUCAAGUAAUGGCCGAUUCAGUUCAGACGCAGAAUCCCAUCUAUCUACCACAUCAUUCGGUAAUAAAGGCAUCAAGUUUAACUACAAAGGUCCGAGUGGUUUUUGAUGCCUCUGCCAAAAGUACAUCUGGCAUAUCUCUUAAUGAUGUCUUGAGGUGUGGUCCAGUUGUUCAGCAAGAUUUAUUUUCAAUCCUCAUUCGCUUCCGCAAGCAUCAAUUUGUCUUAACUUCGGAUAUAGAAAAAAUGUUUCGCCAAAUAAAGGUGGCAACGGAAGAUUGGGACUUACAAAGAAUUGUUUGGAGAUCCAGCCCACAAGAAUUACUACGGUCGUACCAGCUAACUACAGUCACGUAUGGAACAACUCCUGCCUCAUUUCUGUCAACCUACUGUCUUAUAGCACUCGCAAAAAGUGUCGAGAAGGAAUUACCGAAAGCUUCAAAGGUGAUUGCCGAAGAUUUCUACAUGGACGAUCUAAUGACGGGAGCCGAUACAGAGGAAGACUGCUGUCGGUUACAAAUAGAUGUUAGCUCAGUGCUAAACUCAGCAAAGUUACCAUUAAGGAAAUGGUGUUCCAACUCCGAAUUUGUUUUGCGAAACAUGUCCAAGUGUGUUGACGAUCCUUUGUUCGUAUUAGAUAUAGGAGACGAUGACACGGUCAAGUCACUCGGGUUGCAGUGGAAACCAGUCGCAGACCAUUUUCAAUAUGACAUCAGAGCAAGAUCAUCAGAAGCUGUGGUCUAUGAAGAUAGACUGGGAUGCACGGCUUCCGGUAGACAUUCAGCAAAGAUGGAUUCGGUUUAUGAUGAUCUUGAGCAGCUAAAGGAAUUGUCCAUUCCAAGAAAGGCUAUUCCCGAGCGCACUGAGAUCAUAGAUGUACAUGGAUUUUGCGACGCCUCGGAGAAAGCAUAUGGAGCCUGUAUCUAUAUUCGUACUCAGAGCAGCGAUGGAGAAUGGUAUUCCAGACUUCUAUGCGCUAAAACUCGAGUGGCCCCACUAAAAGGCAGCACAAUCCCACGCCUUGAGUUCAACGGUGCAUUAUUAUUAGCUCACCGAGUUGCUGAAUCAUGGCAAAUCAACAUUCAUCAGUUCAAGCUUUGGACAGACUCAACUAUAGUACUAGGGUGGUUAAAUAGCCAGGGCAGCCGGCUAAAAAUAAAUGUUGCAAAUCGAAUAGCUCAAAUCAUGGAUGUUACAGAGGUCAGCCAGUGGAACCAUAUAGGAACACAUGAAAACCCAGCGGAUAUCCCUUCAAGAGGUUUGGGACCACGGGAGCUUUUAGAAGCAAAAUUGUGGUGGAAGGGACCCACCUGGUUGGAAAGGAAUGAGAAGGAUUGGAUCUUAAAUCCAAUAAUCAACGUGAAUGAAGAGCUACCUGAAGUACGUAAAGUGAAACUAGUACUUGUAGCAAACAACUCAGUAAAUGAUGUAUUAGGACACUACUCAGAAUGGAACCAAAUGAUACGAGGAAUAGCUUGGCUAAUAAUCUAUUCAAAGUUCCUGCGUAAGAAGAUCAAUGGACCUCAAUCUUUAAGAAUACAUGACUUGAACGAAGCAAAAAAACGGUUUGAGCGGAGUGCUUUAGCAAAGAGAUCUUGUCUCUAG